AGCGGUGGCUGAAACUCAACACGAAAACAGCGAGUGAGCACUGCUCUCUUAUUGGCAGGUUUUAAGUUCAGGUUUUUAACAGAUAUACGAACCUAGUGAACACCAUUUGUGUGGUGACAAACUAGUAUAAGCUCUUUCUCGACUGUUAAUUAAGUAAUUUAUUUGAGCUUUCUUCAGUUUGCUAAGUGUCGCCUAUCUCCAUCGUAAGCUGCCAUUAUGGAUCAGGUUGACGUAGUCGCAGAAGAAAUAAAGAGCCCAUGGGGUACUGUAAAUGUGACUGCAACCACUUCCCUGACAGAUGUAAUGAGUGAACAGCUGGCCAAGCAGCUAGAUGAGGAAUGCAACCCCUUCCUCACCUGCACUGAUGAGUUGGACCUUGCCAGUAUACAGCAGGAUACGGAUACAUCCAGUGACCUGAUGUUGGCUCAGAUGCUUCAGAUGGAGUUUGACAGGGAGUUUGACACACAGUUGCGCAGAGAAGAAAAGAAAUUCAAUGGAGAGAGCAAAGUGUCGAUUUCCUUUGAAAACUACCGCAUGGUUCACCCAUUUGAGGAUAGUGACAGCUCUGAUGACGAAGUAGAUUGGCAGGACACGCGCCAUGACCCUUACCGCCUUGAAAAGCCAACCACUACACCAAAGAAGGGUUUUGCAGGGAAAGGCAAGAACAUUACCACGAAACAUGAUGAAGAGGUUUGCGGACGGAAAAACACUGCACGCAUGGAUAAUUUUGCCCCAGAGGUGCAUGUAGGUGAUGGGAUAAGCAUGGACCUGAAGUUGUCAAAUCAUGUGUACAAUGCUCUGAAAAGACAUUGUCAAACUGAGCAGAGACGGAGUGCCCGACUUCAUGAGAAAAAGGAGCACUCAACUGCUGAGCAAGCAGUGGACUCCAAGACCAGAUUGCUCAUGUACAAAAUGGUGAAUGCAGGAAUCCUGGAGAACAUUAAUGGAUGUAUCAGCACAGGGAAAGAGUCUGUGGUGUUUCAUGCUGAUGGAGGGAGCUUUGAGGAGAUGCUAAUUCCAGAGGAGUGUGUCCUCAAGGUCUUCAAGACUACAUUGAAUGAAUUCAAGAACCGGGACAAAUACAUUAAGGAUGACUACCGCUUUAAAGACCGUUUCAGUAAGCUGAAUCCUCGUAAGAUCAUCCAUCUGUGGGCUGAAAAGGAGAUGCACAACCUGGCCAGGAUGAAGAAAGCUGGGAUUCCCUGCCCAGAAGUGGUGAUUCUGAAGAAGCAUAUUCUUGUGAUGUCUUUUAUUGGUCAGAACCAAGUGCCAGCUCCUAAGAUAAAAGAUGCCAUGCUGACUUCUGAGGACUUGAAGAAGGCAUAUUACCAAGUACUGCAGAUGAUGCAACAGCUUUUUCAACAGUGUAACCUUGUUCAUGCUGACCUGAGUGAAUAUAAUAUGCUGUGGCAUGGUGGACAGGUAUGGUUAAUUGAUGUGAGCCAGUCUGUUGAGCCCGCUCACCCUCAUGGUCUGGAGUUUCUAUUCCGGGACUGCAGGAAUGUAACCACAUUUUUCCAGAAAGCUGGAGUAACAGAAGCUAUGAAUGUGUAUGAUCUGUUUAACACUGUGUCUGGACUGAAAAUCAGGAGUGACAAUGAGGCAGAUUUCUUAGCCCAGAUUCAGGAACUGGAGAAGAUGAAUGAGGACCAUGUCCAAAAGCGAAGCAAGAAAGCCUGUACCAAUACAUGUGAGAAUGGCCCACCCCUGUUAAAUGAGGAUGAUUAACCAUAAGAUAAUACCCAGAAAAGGCAGGUCAAAUCACAAGUUGAGAGGGGUAAAAUGAGAGGAUGUUUGAGUGCAUUAUACAGCAUUUUUGCUGGAUAGGUAGCUGAAACACCCAUCUUUACCCACCUUCUUUUGAUGGAUUGCUUCAAAUAGCAAGUAAAUGGUGUAUUAAUAUGUCAACUAUAUUAGUACAUGGCAGAAUCAGAAUGAGCACAACCUGUUGUUGAUCAGUGUUGCAAUAUGGGUUAAUAAUGGGACAGAAUGACAUGCGUACAACUAGAUUAGUAAAUAUGGCAUGGUGUCAUAUUUUUCUCUCUACAUGAAAUAGUAGUUAGCAUGGAUUGAAUGCUUAUUUAAAGCAUUUGUUCUGUGCUGAACAUGCUUGAAAUGUUGAUGUGUUCUGAUUUUUGUGGCUUUGUUGCUCUAUGCUGGCUUCAUGUGAUCUUUAAAACUCAUGGAGAAAAUUAAUAAAAGUUGAACUUGGUAAA